AUGAUGGCUAAUGAUAUAAAAACAACAUUGACUGACCGUAUGGCAGGUUUUGAAUCAUUUUCCAUAGCAUUAGACGAGAGCACCGAUUUGUCUGACACAGCUCAACUGGCUAUAUUUAUUCGAGGUGUUGAUAAGGAGUUCACUGUUACUGAGGAAUUGCUUGCUUUACAGCCGCUAAAAGGAACCACUACAGGAGAGGAUAUUUUUAUUGAAGUUCAAAAGGUAUUCACAAGUUCUGGCUUGCCAUGGUCAAAAUUAAUUGGAGUAUGCACUGAUGGUGCACCUUCUAUGGUCGCCUUAUGUAAAGGUUUCAUCGGAAUUUUGAAUGAAAAAGCAACAGAAUUAAAUGUACAAAAAUAG